CUGCGAGGCAGAACUGGAAACGGGCUACCAACAGACCUGAAAGACCUUUUCCCAAGAACCCGAGAUAAAUCUCGAGCACUUACCACUUCUAGGUAAUCUAAAAUAUAUCCAAUAGUAUUAUAUACACCUAGGUAGGAAAACAACCUGGGUAUACUAUAUAUAAUGGGACCCAGAACGAGACCAGCUGACAAGGAAAAACUCGUGCAAAUGGACUUACUCUUUCGUGAAAUCCAGUCCAUCUAUGAUGCCGGUACCCCGAUUUUCACAAAAGAUAACAUACGUCAAGUUGGCAAAGAGCUACACCGUUUUCAGAAUGGUGACCGAAACAACGGUGGAAACAUCACGAUGAGGGGGGUUAAUGGAGUCGAUUAUGAAGUAUUUGUCCCACCUCCAAUUCGCAGACCUCCGAGGGAGAAUGAGAUUUGCAGCGAUCCAGCCUGGGUCAUUCAUUACUGCGCUAUCGAAUAUCUUACUAGCUUCAAGUAUCCGGACGUAGCAAUAUUCGAUCUCCAGUCGGCUUACCUCCCCAUGAGGAUUGGCUCUAUCGUUAGGAUUCAAAAGAAAAAUCUGAAGAGUUGUUCCUUAGAACUGCAGCGGCCCGCAGCGCCGGAAGAGGACCUAAACACAUACCGGGCCAUCGAGCGACACUGGAAAACAACCGAACACUACGCGCAACUUCAAGAAGUGCUAUCUAACAUCGAAAUACCCUUCCCUUUAACUAAGGUUAUUGCCGUUGCUUCGGGAAAACUCGUCUUUCAGUCGCAAGUAAGUAAACGCCGGGUUCUUCAUCACUCGCUUGUCUCCGACCUUCGUUUAACCCUAGUUCGACGCGGGUUUUUGCUCGACGCGGCGUCGCCCACCCAGCCGUAUGUCCAGGAUCCGGCCUAUACGCAACGAGAUACGGAUAUUUUACGCUCGGCCGGGUUCACCGUCCUAAACGAUCCGCAAGCAUGGCUAGAGCUGGACGAGUCCAGCGUUCUCGUGUGCAUCAACACUGACCUUCCGGUCGCCGACAUCGUAGCUGACAUAUGCCGUCCAGCUUUGAUUAUCUGGGAUAAGAAGCGAGGACCUCAUCCUUAUUGCGCCGUAACUCCGAGAGUAAAAGCCAUGAUCGAGAACGAGUAUGUCGAAACUAAGUUUCCCGAUCACGAGUGCUUCGGAGAUCUGGUCAUGCUCAUCAGAAAGGCUACCUAAUGUUCAAGGCCCUAUUAUGAUGCCACCCUUGGCUCAGGUCAAAGCAGCACCAGCUCAGGAGGGCUCAGGGCAACUCAGGUUUGUUGACAAUAGUAGUAAUUCCUUAAGGCAACUUUCGCGUGAUGCAUAUGGUUGUUGUCUAGGGAACUAUAUAUCAGCACCGCGUAAAUGAAGCUAUUUUAACGGUAUUACAGUCAGGAAUACAUUUCAGCUCAAGGUAGGGGAUACUAGGUACCUAGAUAAUAGAAGAAAUGAAACUUUAGG